AUGGGAUGCUCUACAACUAACUGUGAUGAUGAAGGGAAAUUGGAAGCUGAGCAAGAUGAAGCAUCGUCAUCGUGGGAUCUGCCAGUCAAAUUGAUUCAAGAAGAUAUCCAAAUUCACCAAAAGAAUGAAGAAGAUGGCGAAGAAUCCAAAGCAACUAAAACCGAUGAAGAUUUCAACUUCGGUUCUCUGCGCGGUUCUCUUUCAACUGAACCAGAAAUGUGUGCUGCUGAUGAAGUGUUCUUUCAAGGACAAAUUCUGCCCCUCCGUCUCUCAGUUAGCUCAGCAAGUGGGCUCACAUGGUGCCACGAAGAUAGCUUGUCAAGGUCCGAAUCCAUGGACCAUGGUUCAUUGAGUAGGUUUACUAGCAGUAGCAGCAGCUUCAAUUCCAUUCCAAAUGGAAGUUCAAGUUAUUACAAGUCAAAGCCAGUGAAAACCAGAAACAACUUCAACACACAUCCAACUCCCAAACCUCAUAUAAGAUCGUCCAAAGCUCAUCGACCAGUAAAUAUCAGCAGGCAAAACCCGAAAUCGUCGAUGUGGGAUUUUUUCAGGUUAGGCUUGGUUCGAGCACCAGAGCUCGAAUUAGUAGACUUGAAAGCUCGUAGCAACAACAACAACAAUGGCAAUAAAAACUCCGUCAGCCGAAACAACAGUUGGAAUAGUUAUAGCAGUAACGACAGUUCAAGCACCAAGAACAGCACCACUAAGAUUGUUAACAAAAGUAGUGAAGUAGUAAAAAAUCCGCAGGAUUUUUACAAAGGGUUCAUGGGAAAGAGAAUAGGAUCGUUGAGUGGUUGUAAAUGUUCGGUUAAUGCAGCUGAAACAGUUCCAUUGAAUGGCAUAGCGGUGAGCAAACACUGCAACAAAAUUGACUCCAUGGAAAACGAGAAGAAGCUUCUGCAAGAAUUGAAGAUAAAGAAGAAAAGGAAAGAAAAGCUAGCUUUUUCAUGUAACCGAACGUUUGAAUGGUUAACAGAGCUUUCACAUGGAAGCUAUGUCCAUGGAGCCUCAAAAAAAGACGCAUGA